GUCGGCAUGGCGUAAAGUCUUUUUUUGGGUAAGGGCACAGCUGGUUGGAGGAGACGAGGGAUGACUGGGAUAAAGGAGCAUGGGGCGUGGAGGCGAAGUAGGAGGAGCCGUGACAAAGUGAGGGGCUCUGGAAUGCGAGCGAUGUGAAGAGGGACGCCGAUGGGAGGGCGCUGUUCAGUAAUGGCAGGUACAGGAGCGUACGUUUGCUUGGGAUGGUGGGAAAAUUCAGCAGGUUUCGCGGCUGUCUCGGUAUGAGAGGAUUGUGGACAGGAUCUGCCAGGAGAGUCGCGCCAAAUUGUGGUCACCAGGAUUCGCUUUACUCCUCAAGCACCGCGUCUCAUGCAGAUACCAGCGUGGAGGUGAAUGCGCGGUCGCCGCACUGGGAAUGUUCACUUGCUGGGGUGCCCAAUUAGGAGUUUGUAGUGUGGCAAGCAGGCGAGGGUGGCGACUCGUGUGUCAUGGGAGAGGGGUUCUGUUCACUGGGGUCGAGUUCAUCACGAGGGUUUGCCGAAGAAUUUAAGUGAUGAUAGAAUGGGGGUUUGUGUGUGCCGGGAACAAGGAGUAUGUGAUGACGUGCUUGCUGUCGAUUGCAUUGCAAAUGGUGGAUUGAUUUCUCCUGAUAAAGAUCGGGAAGUUGACAGGAAACUCAAACAAGAAGAUUUGCAGAAAGGUGAUGUGGAUUGAGGUAUCUUGAGUGGCUGCGAUUUCUGGGGCGCUUACUGAUGCAACUAGCUGCUGGAGCCUCUUGCAAGAAACCUAGCUCUGAGAGUUUUGUGAAACUGUAGAGUUCGUUCCAUUGGUUUUUUUCUUUUUUUCUUUUUGAUUCGGGUUUAUGAGUGCGUCUGGUCUGGACGUAGGUAUGUAUUUUUUCGAGUUUCUACUUUUUUGGGGUUAGAGAUAUUAGGCGACUUGCAGGGGUAUUUCAGGGCCUCUUUGUAGGAACAACUUAAGCCUUUAGUGCUGUAGACACAUUAGUAGACGUAAUUUGCAGAUUGCUUCAUCUGAUAUUACAGCAGUAAUUAGCAAUCUUAAGCUUCCUCCUCACUUCUCAUAACGGCAGCCCUCCAUUCAGAGCAUAUUGAAAAGCAGAAUGAGUAUAGGAUGUACAUUGUUAGAAUUUGAUAUUCAUCUGGCUCUUUUCCGAAGGGUGAAUUCAGAGAAUCUACUUACGGUAUUAGUUUACGAUAAGUCUUGAUAUCAGUAUGCGAGUUAAUGUUAUCGUCAGCGAUAUCGCAUGUCGGCUCGAUUUUCAAAGAAUGUGUUCAAUUUCUUUGCUUCGCACGCAGAAGUGGAGGUGAGAGGGUGUCCUCAUACAGGGUUUUUCUGAAUAAAUUAAGGGGGGGAGAGGAGUAUAUAGACGACGAAUGCCUCUUUUAGGGGCUGGCAGCGGUAUGGGCUUGGUAUCUGAUAAGCCCCAGCCCCAGUCGCAGCCGCAGCCCCGUCCAGAAGCAGGUGCUGGAGAUGUCCCGAAGAAGAAGCCGCGGUUGAAGCGAGAGAAUCAUACGCAUGUGAAGCAUGACGAGUGUUUCUCCGACUGGAAGGUUCUCGUCGGUCCUACAGAUUGGAAGGACCACGCAUCUGGAAAGAUUCCUGGUCGGUUCCGGACUAGCAACCUAUCCAGCAACUACAGUGGCGCCGGCAUAUUUGAGCUGGGAGUCACGCCACCCGCAUGGCUGCCACCCCAACGUAGCAACUACUCAGGCUUCCUGAAACCUCAAGACGUGGUGGUGGUGUAUCUAGGAUGCGCUGAAAACGUCUACCAGCACUUAUUUCGCAUCGGUCAGACGGGGGCUCACCUCGAAGGUGCCAGAUCGACGAGACUAUUUGCUGUUGGGAACGAGACAGCUAGUAAAAGCGCUGCAGAUGUACAAAGCUUAUCCCAAUCGAGGAGUUUCAACUUGGAACUUGGUAGCCUCAACAUGAGUCUUGACAGGGGUCCGGGCGGCGAUGGCGGGUACAUGAGCGGCGGGAGCAGGCCGAUGAGCAAUGCGAGUAUGGAUGGGACUAACUCGGAUGCGCAUUCAAUUUCGGAGCAUCACAAGAGGACGAGUUCUUACGACCAAGCUGCCGGAAUUCGAUCACCGAGUCGUCGAGGUCCCCGUCUUUUCUCCGAAGUUUUCGCCUUGGGUUGCUCCAUAGCUUUCCGUUGGAGUGUGACUGAGAACAAAAUAAUGGCGGAAAAGGCGGAGGCAGAUCUCAUUGAGGUAUUCGACUACGCAUGGAAACGAGGCGGGAACUUCCGCCAACGAUCAUCGGAUGUGGUCUCGAAGAUUGUCAUGGGCGGUGCGCUCGGGUCUAACGACCCCUCUUAUGAUUGUUUCGGCGUCAGAUCAUCCAGGACGUGGUUCUUCUCUCCCAAGUCCAAGGUCGGUGUUGUCAUUGCCGCUCGAAAACCUGGAAUCCAGGAAGGUUGUGGACGCGCUGGCAGCAGGGCAGAUCGAAGCCGAGUCGCAGAUUUCUUCACCCUCUUCAAGAGCAGCUCACAGUUGGGAGGGAAAAUCUCCAAGAGUAGUGAAUUCACCAAAUUCGACAUCCCGCUUGACCGUUGCGGGGCGCCAUUAGAGAAUGGAAACCCCUGCAACGCCCUCCCGGUGAAAGGUGGCAAACGAUGUCUCCUGCACAAGGAUUCAAAAAAGCAAAAUCAAGGAAAACAGGUUAAAGUAGUGCUUACACCCCAAUCCAGCAUCGCACAUCACAUACCAAGUAGCAGGGCCGGAUCAUCAUCGCCGGAGACGCAACAUCAUAUCCAUCACGCUCCCGAGUCCCCUAUCUUGCCAGGUCCAGAGCCAACGUCAUCCUCUUGCUUCCCGUUCUCCAUUGCGCCUGCUUCGGUGCCAUCACGGUCAUCCCCCGAGCCAAAAAGGCGCGGCAGCUUGUCGUUCAACUCCUGGUUGCGCACGUCUGAGCUCCGCAUGGCCAAGAGCCGAGAAUGGGCUGAGAUGAACCAGGCAGGGGCGGGGAACUCACGUCCUGAUGGACCCAAACGAAGUUCCACAUACAGCGGCAUCUUGCCGACGUGCGAGGAAUCACAGCUGGAGUCUUCAGUCAGUCGUUCACCUUCACGACGCGACAUCUGUGGAUUGAGACUUCCGGACGGCACUGUGUGCGCUGAUCCGCCACGACCGGAGCGCAAGCGUUGCGAGGCACACAAAGGUCUUCGCAACACACUGGCGCCUCGCUCACCCACUCAUGCCGUCACCCCAACUGCGCAAGAAAGUUUUUAAUCCCCACCUCUUCAAAGAGAUUUCAUCACCUUGGAGCGGGAUUUCCAGUAUGAGAUUACUAUUCGCAAUCACUGAAUUUUUCUGAUGCGCACGAUUGUAUCAUGAAUUUACUGUUGAUCGAUGUAUAUCAUUGCUACUUCGGCCGUCCUUCAUGACUGAGCCGAAAUGCCUGCGCUGAAUCCGGUUUAGAAUGCUAGACACUGACUUCUAGAAUCAGUAAACUAAUCCAGCAACCACCAGAUCCAUGCGAAGGGUUAAAGCUUGCCUGUUACUGAGAUUCACCUUCUCAAUGAAAUUGCAAUUCUCACCGAUCAAACCCUCCGAUCUGAAAGAGGAACACUCAAAGAAGCUACAAGACGUGGUGGCGACGUCUAUAAUGCUAUUGAUUGCUUGUGUAAUUAGAAGAAAUAUGGUUUAGGGUUCAGGUGAUGAGUUACUUGCUGUGAUAGAUGUGAUGAGCAUCAAAAUUUACGUGACAACACAUACAUUCAAUACAUGAAGAUUUGAUUACUGAGUAAGUUGUUUUGAUUUUUGAA